ACAAGCAUGAAACAGUCGAUUAAUUAGUUGCAACAUAAAACCGUUAAAAUUUAAAAAAAAAUGAUUUCUAUCCAACACAUACUUAUUAAUAUAAAGAAAUAUUUUAGCAAAAGUAAUCAAAUUAUUUUAGAUAAACAGCUUUUUGGAUAAAUUAGUGGAAAAUAAAAUCUAAUAAUUUAGAUACCAAGAACGAGAAGAGGUUUAGUGGAAAAGAAGAUCAAAUUCAUUAUUUAUUAUUUUUAGGUGCUUAAUAGCUGUUAUCGGAGCACAAACUAAUAUAGAAGUACUUAUAUAAAAUUGUUGUACAAUGGUUAAACUUAAAUUAAACAUGAAAUACUCUAUCAUUGACUUAUAUGGUACGAUUUAAUUGAAUCUAUACUAUUGAGUGAUUUUAGAGACCAUUUUUCAAUUUAUAAUAAUCCGUAUUUUAUGGGAGAAAAUUAAAUAGAGUUGAAAUAAAAGAGAUAAAUUCAAUUUUUACAAUUUUACUCUAACACAAUUAAUAAAAUAACAUAUAUAUCACACUUCUCAAUAUACUUUUUCUCUCCCACUUUCUCUUCUACUUUCCUCAAUAAAACAACAUUUUCUCUUCGCUCCAAACUUUCUCUUCUCUCCUUUUCCCUCCCCUCCAAAUCUUCUUUCCCCUCUAUUUUCCUCCCUUCCUUCGGAAACAGAGUGUAAAGGCUUUCCAUAAAAAAGAGGAUGCUGAUUUUUUUUUUGUUUGAGAAUGGUGAACUUGAAUUAAUAAGAAUGGAAAGGAAGUACGGAGAAAGCAAACAAAAGCCAGCAGUCACAAAGGAUGACUGGAAGGGGCCAAAAAGUCUGGAAAGAGCAAAACGAAUAAUAAAACAGAAGCAACCAAAACAGAAAAAAAAAAAGAAAAUACACCAUCAGGCAGCGUAGCAACACGUUAGACUCAAAAGAGAGGCCAAUCUGCCCAGCCAAAAACCAACCCCAGGCGACGAUCCAGAAAAGAGCAACAACCAGCACACAGACGAUCAGCGGGUCAAAUGAGUAGUCAGCCAGCCGGAACCAAGAUCCCUAGCUAUUUUCCCUUUAGCAAUGACCCACUCAAGAAAGAGGAUGCUGAUGUAAUGUUGAUGUGGCCGGGUUACUCAUUUACUGAUCCUAAGCUUACUAAUGAACCUGAUCCAUUCCCUCUUAGAUGAAUGUACAUGUAAGCUAACAGGGUUAAUUGCACAAAGUGCCACUUAAGUUUAGAUUUUAGAUUUAAAAUGGGAUUGGGCUAGAUAUGAGUCAGCAUACUACUACAGCUGAUGUGGCAAUCCCAGUGGCAUGACUAUUUACAUUUUGGCACCUACCGUUAGUCAUGGGGACGGAAAUGGUAGUGCUACCGAAAUUUGACUUAAAUAGUUUAGUUGCAACGAAGGUACUUAGAUGGUUAUCGUGCAACAAACGCUAAACUUAAGUCGCACCCUGUACAAUUAGGGAUUGGAUACGAUGCUAACACUCUUAAGUGUUAGCAACAUACUAACACAUUUAUUAAGGGUAUUAUAGUAUUUUCCCUUCAACCUUCCCCUUAUCUUCUCCUCCCCUUCCAUUUAUGUAGCUUUUCUAGGUUCCAUUUACAAAUUAUAAUUGUGGUACCUGAACUUAAGAGGUAUUACUAUUUGAUACCUAAAAUUAUUUUUUCAUUUACGAAUUACAUUUUAGUACCCAAAUUUUGUUUCCUUACAUUUUCGUACCUGAGCUUUUUCAAAUUUACAAACAAGUCCACUACUUGUGGCAUGCUUUGUGGACUUGUGACAUGUUUUGUGGUUGUGGCGUGCUUGAGGAGGUUAUGGCAUGCUUUGAGGAGUUUGCAGCAUGUUUUGAGGUUGUGGCAUGCUUGGAGGAGGUUGUCGCAUGCUUCAUGGUUCUCCUUCCAUUUUUACUCAUCUUCCUCAAUUUUUCAUAAAACCAAGCGUGCCCCUCCUUCCCCUUCCCAAUUUUGGCCAACUAAAUAGAAAAGUCAUCCAAACAAAGUGUUUUGAUUGGCUGGAGCUAUUGUUAGCACCAUACUAAAAAAAAAAAUUAUUAGCAUCCUAGCCCCUCCCUGUACAAUUAACCCUAGGCUAACACAUCAACGCUAGAUAAUUCCAACUGGCACGCCAUGUCGCAUGCCGCCAAAUACCCAAACGAUUCGAUGGUACUGCUUUGGCUAGGGCUUUGCCUACACUCGAGUCCAUCAACCGCCUUAGCAUUCAUGGGAAGUGGAAUGCAUACCUUCGCCAGAGGCAGGUUUUGGGUGGCGAAGGUCUCGAUGGAUUAGAAUUGAGAGGGGAACGAAGAAGAAGAUAAGUCCUUUCUGUGGUUGUAAUUUUUUUUUCUAUUUUUAGUUUUUUCGAAAAAGCCAAUAUGUUUCCAUGACACAAAAGUAUUCUAACUUAGCACGCAAUAUGCCACCUCAUCAUCAGUUAUCGAAAAUUUGGACGGAAAAUUAACUAUUGAUUACUUUUUUUGUAUUUCAAAAAAUUUGACUAAUAUUUUAAAAUGUGCGUAAAAUUUGACUAUCAAUUGUAUUUACAUUUUCUUUACAAUCUAAGUUAAAUGACUAAGGAAUACAACUUUAAAAUUAUCAUUGAAUCUCAAGCAUGGAAUCUAUUCCAAUUUGAGGCCAUAUUUAGUUAAUAUAAUUGGUACCUGGUUUGAUGAAGGUGUCACAAAAGUCCAAACAAAUGAGAGACUAAAAACAAUUCAAGCAUUCUUAAAAUAGAUAAAUAUUUGAAUUAUUUAUUUCACAUUAUUAUAGUACCUAAAAUGCAUCAAAUCAAUAGUACGCCUAAGACUUUAUUACAAAUAAAGUACUUUAAGUUAUAUAAUAGGGACAAUACUUUAUUUUGGAUUGAAAUUUUAGGGUAAAUUGCAAGGUUAUUUACUGAUAUUACAAAAAAGUUCAUGUUUGGUCGCUCAAAAUAUUUAAUUCCAUUCUUGGUCAAUAGGUUUAGUUUAACAAUUCAAGUUUGGUCACUCUCCGUUAGUCUCUGUCAGCUUCCAUUAACGGCGUUAGUUUUUUGCUGACAUGGCUAACAGACAUGCUGAGUCACCCAAUUUUAACAAAAAAAAUAAAAUGAAACCAAACUGGCCACAUAAGAAAACUGUCAUGUCAACUCAUUAAUUGACCUAACUUUCCAAACCAAACCCAUUAAUUAACUGACCCGAACAUUCAAACCAAACCCUUCCCUUUUCUCCUUUCUUCCUUACCAACGCAGAUCUACCAUUCCACCUCCUCUCCGCCGUCGCCAACAAAGACCAGCCUCCACCCCGUUUCCUCGUUUCUUCCUCAAUCGUAACCAACACAAACCCGCUGACACCCACACCUGAGGCAUCCCUGCCCUCAAUUCCUGUGCUAAUGACCAACUUGUCCACUUCUACCUCUCUCUCUCUCUCUCUCUCUCUCUCUCUCUCUCUAUAUAUAUAUAUUCUUUCAAAAAGCCUCGUUGUAUCGUCUGAAGAAGAAACCCUAGAUGCAAGGCUCCGGAUCUGCGGUUUGCCUCUCGAGCUUUUGUUGUUGUUUUGUGGAUUAUUGUAUCCCGGAGAAGAAGCUUGCCACCGUUAAUUGCAACAAGAGGCAUCUGGCCAACCUCGACAAGCUUCUCCAGAAGAAGAAGACGAGUUCUGAGACUAGACGGUGGAGCGAUUAUUUGGCCAACCAAUCGAGGGAGGAAUUUGCUGGACAGGUUGAAGUACAAGUAUUUUUAUUUCGCUAAUUACUAUUAUUUCGGAUACGUCCUGGUAUGCGAUUAUUUGGACUACAAGAACAAACUGUAUAUUUGAAAGAGGUUGACCUCCUUGCUUCUCUCAUGGUACAAUCCUCUUCUCGCUGAGCCCCUUUUUCCUCGGUCCACAGAGACAAAAUGUAGGACUGGUGCCAACAGUUCAUCAGGGAAGAAAGGAUUCACUGAGUCGGAAUCACUAACUAAUUUGAUUGAUCACAAUUCGGUAUAUUCCAUUUACUAUAGAAGUUCCCAGGGAAUUCAUUAGAGGUUUUUUUUUUCAGAAAGAAGAAUAGGAAGGAAAAAAGAGAUUUUUUUCUUCUUCCCUAUAUCUUAUAUCUUAUUUGUUAGCUUAGCUUAUUUAUAUUGAUAGAGAUCAAACUCGUGUCAUAAUUUAUGAAUUAAUGCAAUAAAAAAAAAUUGGUACGUGAAAACCAUAAGUUGAGAUAGCUAUUGAUAUUGCUCCCCGAUAUCCCUUUCUUUUCCAAAUAUUUUUUCGAAUACGCUUUUUUGAUAUAGAAGUACACUUUUAUGGCACGAAUCUCCAUGGUUGCAACUACUGCUGGUGAGAGUUUUCUUGCUCAUGUUCAUGAACCUUUGGGUUAUUCUACUUCGAAAGGGUUUCUUGAUCGACGGGAAGAUGACAGUCGAAGGGUGGGAAGAUGAAGGGUCGAGAAAAUCAUCAAGCAAUACCUAGAUCGGUCGGUCAGAGUGUCCGGCAUGAGGGACUAGGAGAGGAAGGGGAUAAAUGAGAGUGUCAGAACGAAGAAGAUCGAGAAUUGUUGCCGUCAGUGUUAGUGAGGUUGACGGCCGCAGAGAUAGCAUAGGCGAUGUGCAUGGGCCAAAUUCUAAUUAGAUCUAUCGCUUCCCCUUAGCCCUCUUCAGCUUCGGUGAAAAUGUCCAUCAACUCUUCUUUCCAGAUCGCCCACCGGCAGCACCAGCAUCAAUAACGGUCUACGGUCAUCCCGAAUCCGCCCCCGGUGGACGACGAUGACGAGAGUAGCAUUAAAAUCGGAAAGGUGAACGGCGUCGAGUCGGGUGAUUGGGGAGAGAUAGGUAGUGGUCGACCUUCUUUUCAACGACACAGAGAGGCAGGGAAUAAUGGGCUGGUCCGGUGAUGGGUUGCGAAGGGUUGGGUUGGAUUUGAUGAUGUGGCGGGUUUUGAUGAUGUGUUGCGUCGGGUAUAAUGUGUUUUGUAUUUAAAUAUUCUUAUUAGGCAUUUCUGUUGGCCACGCAGCAAAAAAUUGACACCGUUAACGGAGACUAACGGAAGGUAAAAGAGAGUGACUAAAGUUGAAACGUUUAACUAAUGUUAGGGAGUACCAAUGGAUUAAAUAUUUUGAGUGACCAAACAUGAACGCUUUUUGUAAUCUCAGUGACCAACCAUGCAAUUAACCCAAAAUUUUAAGUAAAAGAAAAUUUUGGUCUAAAUUUUCGAAUACAACAAUUUUGAAAUA